UUUAGUGACCUUUAUGUUUGUUUCCUUCAGUGUUGAAAGGCAGUUACAUUAAUAUAGCCUGUAAAACUUGGCGGGGUGGAGGGGAACUGAGUUGCUUUCGGAACAUAAUGCUCAUUAUUGCAUGGCUUAGGACCACAGUACUUAACAGAAUAUUUCUUCUAGGAGGAAGUUGGAAAAAGUUGGAAGGAAGGAUACAGAACUGGUAUACUUAUGUACCUGUGGCGUUACAAUAAACAUAAUGACGCACUAAUGUUAAUCAUUAAUUGUUUUUCACCACCCAGAGAGCUUUGGCUAUUGAGCUGUAUCAAAAUUAAAUUAUGUUGGCAAGUCAAAGAAAUGUGUAUGAUAGAUCAACAGCCAUUCAUUUAUUACAACAGAAUUCACUACUCUACCACCAAGUUCAGUACUCUUCCACCAAGGUUUCCAGCUAAGGAUUCGAUAAAGGAUUGGCACUAGAAAAACUAUGGAACAGUAUACAGCAAACAGCAAUAGUUCAACAGAACAGAUAGUUGUGCAGGCUGGACAAAUUCAGCAACAGCAGCAGGGCGGUGUCACUGCUGUCCAGUUGCAGACUGAGGCUCAGGUGGCAUCUGCCUCAGGCCAGCAAGUCCAGACCCUCCAGGUAGUCCAGGGUCAGCCACUGAUGGUACAAGUAAGUGGAGGCCAGCUGAUCACAUCAACUGGUCAGCCAAUCAUGGUACAAGCUGUGCCUGGAGGUCAAGGUCAGACCAUUAUGCAAGUUCCAGUUUCCGGAUCACAAGGACUUCAGCAGAUUCAGUUGGUCCAGCCUGGUCAGAUUCAGAUCCAAGGUGGGCAAGCUGUGCAAGUUCAGGGUCAGCAGGGCCAGACACAGCAAAUAAUCAUCCAGCAGCCACAGACUGCAGUUACUGCUGGCCAGACUCAGACCCAACCACAAAUUGCAGUCCAAGGGCAGCAGGUAGCCCAGACAGCAGAAGGCCAGACAAUUGUUUAUCAGCCUGUUAAUGCUGAUGGAACAAUUCUUCAGCAAGUUACAGUCCCUGUUACAGGGAUGAUCACCAUCCCAGCAGCCAGUUUGGCUGGAGCACAGAUAGUCCAGACUGGUGCCAACACCAACACAACCAGCAGUGGACAAGGGACAGUAACUGUGACGCUGCCUGUUGCUGGAAAUGUAGUUAAUUCUGGUGGGAUGGUCAUGAUGGUCCCAGGUGCUGGAUCCGUGCCAGCUAUCCAGAGGAUACCUUUGCCUGGGGCUGAGAUGCUUGAAGAGGAACCCUUAUAUGUGAAUGCUAAACAGUACCACAGAAUUCUGAAGAGGAGACAAGCAAGAGCUAAACUGGAAGCAGAAGGGAAAAUUCCUAAAGAAAGAAGGAAAUAUCUGCACGAAUCCCGGCAUCGACAUGCUAUGGCAAGAAAGCGAGGAGAAGGUGGGCGGUUUUUUUCACCAAAGGAAAAGGAUAGCCCUGAUAUGCAGGAUCCCGGCCAGGCAAAUGAAGAAGCAAUGACACAGAUGAUUAGAGUAUCCUAACAACCAGCCAAAGAACAAAGCAACUGGACAAAUACCUUGUCUGUCUCUGCAACUGUUCCCUAUCCUACCUAUCAAACAAACUUCUAAAUUGGAAAUUUGCCAUAUGCACAGCCUGUUCUCUUUUCCAGAACAAAUACUACACUCUCACGGAGUGGUUUGUUUUAGGAUUUUAACUGCAGUGGACUCAGCAAAUGGAAAUUCAUAUGGACUUUGGUUAUCUACUCACCUAGUUCUGACCAGGGAGCCGGAAAGCCUGACCAGCAGGCCUUUAACAUCUGUGACAAUAACAGUGGCCCAGCUUAAAACUGGCACUGCCUCAGCAAUAACUGGCAUAUUGAAACAUCCCUUGGAAGCCAUGGCUCCUGAACCACCCAGGAGUGCUACUUCGUUGGAGCAGCCACUGCUGAUGUGGGUUUGUUUGCUCAGUGAAGCCUUCUUGGUUUCUGCUGAACCUCACAGCCUCAGAAUGUGUGUACUCCCGACAGCACAACUUUCCACUGCAAAAGCAUCUUCUCUAAUUAAAACUGUGAAAAGAUGUUGGUGGUUUUUCUUCAGGUCUCUGCUCUGUAUAAAUCAUCACCUAGUUUUCAAGACAAAAUUAACCAGUUUUUGCAAAAGUAUCGGAAAAGUUAUUUUACCCAAGAGUGGUGAAUUUGCGUUCCAAGCAGUAGAAGGGAGAUAGCAUAAUGACCUUGAGAAGCUCAAGAGAGGGGAUAAUAGGUGGAUGUUAGUACAAGAAAACAUUAUCACUGAAGCCCUGCUCUGGCUCACUAACUUGAUCUUCCUGCAGGCUGGUAAAUAUCUGGGAUUAUUCCAGAUAAGCAUUGAUAGAGUUGUUUCUCCAAGAUCAGAGGAUUAGCCAUGGUGCUGUGAGCAUUGUCAGGAUGGGACACCCAUGUACUUGCUGGAAUCAUUGUAUCCUGCUGUAACUCAGACUGUUUUGCUUAUGAAAAUUGAUACAGGCAGCUCUUUGAAGCUUUUAUAUAUAAUGAUCUUUGUGAAUUUGGCACUUGACACUUCUGUAGCUGUCAUUUUCUGUUGCAGACAACUGUUGUUUUCUCCUCUCAUGACUGCCCCAGAUGUGUUUUGGCUGCUUAGUGAUAAAUCUUUAUGAAAAGGGGCAGACCAAAGCUUGCUUUUUGCAGCCUUAUUUGACAAUUCAGAAAUUAGCAUUAGAUCUGAUUUUAUUCUGGCAAGCACUGCCUUGUUGCCACUUUCAUCUCAUGACUGCUCAUUUAGGUACUGCCACAAGGCCCAGCUAGUGUUAUGCUCUGCUUUUGUAUGUUCACAGGCUUAUGUUUAAGCCUUCAUUGCUUAACCAAGAUUGAGAGUCGUGGAAGACUGGAGCAGGCACAUUACUGCAUGAUGAGAGGUGAACUACCCAAUGAAAGAAGUAGCAAUUCAGCAGUGUUGUAUAGGGAAAACAUUGGGAUGUUAUCCAUGCAUUUUUUACAGGAGUCUUUUGGCUUUGGAAGAGGUGCCAUUGUUAGCAGAAGCUCUCUUUAGUGGGGGAAAAAGCAGUAUGCUUCACUUGAUCUUGCAGUGAUUUAGAGAAGAUAACCUUCGCACAACUUCUAUUUCAUAAAAUGUGAGAAAUUAGAGUGUGUGUGAUUGAUUUGUCUUAGGAAAUGAAAAGUUCUGAGAACAACUGAUUGAACAAUGAUGUCAAUCCUGAAAUAAGUUGGAGAAAAACAUAACAUGAGACUGUAAUGCACAGUGUGGUUACCUAAAAUUCCAGUGUUCCAAUUUAAGCUAUUGGAAGCAAAUAAGGGUUAUAUAUUGUUUAAUUCUGUAUUGACUACUUGUGUCAUUUUUAAGCCUGCAUGUAGGUUGUAUGUUUCUAGAUGUUUUGGGUUUGUUUUUAAAAACUCUGAUAGCCUUUUGUGUUCAUACCUCUGUAUUUUCAGCAUCCUGGGUGCCUUUGAUUACCACUGUGGUAUUUGUCAGCUGGCUGCUUCAGCGUUAUCUUGCAUUUCUCUCCUCUGACUUUUGACAAUAAAUAUCCAAGGUAGGGCUUAGGUGAUGUAUUAGUGAUGGAACAAUGAAUGCUUUGCGGAGAUAGUUGUUUCUCAGCAUUGUUGUAAAUAUAAAAGGCAUUGGUACGUCCCAAGAUAUUAAUAGGUAUGGUGAGGGUAAAUAUUGUAUAGACCAGGUUAAAGAAGUUUCUCCAUGAGUUCCCCCAGUUCACUUGUCAGCUUGAUCAUUGCAAACUGGGAUGCUAAGGGAUCUAAGUUUCUCUUUUUUCUUUGUGUGUGUAAAAACCCUAACAAGUCGCUUGCAACUUUAAAAGAUCUAGCCAUUGAUACAUUUUCCCACAUCUAAAAAACAAAACCAAAAUUGGUCUUUGUGAUAACUAUAUGUAGAUGAUGGAGACACCUGUUUCUUUUUUGGUCUUUAAAGAAUUCCUAUAGUUAGUUUUUUGUGUCCCCCCUCCAUAAUGGUGUAAAAUGCCUUGAUAGCAUCUAUUAUACCAUGGCUUAGUCUUCAUGUGUAUAGGUCAAACUUACUUCAAAAUAUUUGUUAAUACUGGGAGUCUCAAACUGCAACAUGUUGCAAAAUGUUCUGUUCUUGGGUAAAAAAUUAAAGCAGAAGUAAUGCCAAAAUGCAAAUUCUUGAUUAGAAGUAAAAAGUCAGACCAUUAAAUGUUAAUUAGGCAUAGACUUAAGGAUAAGGAUGUACUGAGUUUAAGGAAAGUGUAAAUUCUUCUGUUUACCUAUAAGGCACUGGAACAUUGAGCCCAUUUAAAGCAGUUUGAUACUUACGGGGUGAAGUAGCAAUUCCCAAGUAGCGCUCAACUUUUUCAGAUCUUUUGCAUGUAAAAUAUCAAUUUCUUGGGUUGUGAAUGGGAAUGAGGGGCAUUGAUAUUUGUGUAUUGUAAGGCAAAGUUUGUAUAUAGUUCAAAAGUUUAUAAUUUUUUAUGCUGCAUUUUGAAGUGUAUUUUGUCUUUAAUAGAUACAACUGUAAGUACUGUGUACACUAUCCAGCCAAUAAAACGUUUAUAAAAUAUGUUGUUGACCUCUAGGCUGAUCACACUCAUGCUUCAUUUGAAACUGCAAGGAUGUUCAGCAGUUCCAAAUAAGUGUGGAAAGGGGCUAAUACUACACUUGCUGACAAACAUGCUCAAAACCAUGUAAUGAAGGGUGAUGCAUAUGAGACUUGUGUUAACCUGAGUGUCCCUUGAAUGGUGCUGCCUACUUUACCUGUAGGGGUGAAUUACCUCUGCAUUUUACAAGAUUACACACGCUCUGUUGGUUUUUAAAAUAAUGUUCCAAAUAAGCAACUACUUUGGUUGUAAAUAUCAGUCAGUUUGAGCAGUGUUGAUUUUUCUAUUAUAGGCUUGGGGCAGUAACUAAUAAAAAUCUGAAUUUGAAUUCUGUAUUAAGCAUGUUCUCUAGAAUGUAGGUGUCCUUAAUUUCUACCAGGUGUGAUGAAAAUGUUGUUUUUAGCCAAGCUGGGUUUCAGCCAAGUUGCAUGAGCAGUUGAUUGCAUGGUGAAGCUCUUUCUAGGCUGAGCUACUACAGGUUGCACUCUUUUUACAUUUUUGUAUUUUUGAAAUAUUUAUGGUAUCUUAUGAGCUGUUGUAAAUCACCCAGAGAGCUUCAGCUAUUGAGCAGAAUAGAAAUGACAUGAAUGUGAUGUGAUGCAUGCCUGAUUGUUCUCAGAGUUCAAAGAAUAAAUCUCUUGCACAUAGAAAAUUAGCAUGUUAGGGGGUAAUUCUAGUUUUCUGUGAGCAUGGAGAUUUGGGAUAUAGAGAGAACAUCAUUCAGGCACAGAAUCCUUGCAGUCUGGUGUGGUACAUUCCAGGAAGAUGUGUUGCAUGGUUCUCAAGACAUUAAGUGUCAACUUGUGAUACAGGAGUGAUUCAGACCCUGUAGCUUUAUUGUUCAUUUUCUGAACUGGUAGCAUCUGUUUUGAUACUAGAGAGAAAGUGCAAUUAAUCUUUCCCUCUCAAUGCUUUUAAAACAUACAUAUCAAAACUUCUUGUUGCCCAUGCUUGUUUUAUAUAUUGUAUUUUAUAGGGACCUAAUAAAUGCACUUAUCUUUAA